GUCUCCAAAACCCACUUCCCACAACCUCUCUCUCUCUCUCUCAACAACAAAACAUUGAAACAAUUGAUCAUAUGGCUCGUUUGAGUACACUGUUCUUAGUUUCAUUGCUUAUAUUUGCUUCUUUUGUUCCUUCUCUACAUGCCCGAAAGCUCUUGGAUAUAAAGGAAAAGAACAAAAUGACACCAUCGUUGGAUAGUUUGUUCCGAAGUUCCCUUCCCAAAGGCACUGUACCAUCCUCUACACCAAGCAAGAAGGGUCAUGCCGUCACCGUCGAUGAGAAGCUCAUUGCCCGCCACCUCGCCGCCGUUGAUCGGAUUCUCCGGUCAGUCCCAAGCCCCGGAGUAGGCCAUUAGUUUCUCCCUUCAAGACAUGUUAACUUUAGGUUUUCAUCUUUUUUCCUCUCCCAGCUACAAUUUUGGGAAUUUUCUUUCAUUCUUU